UGAUUUGGAUGUUAUAUUAAGCAAAUUGAGUAUGCAAUAUAUCUGUAGACGUGAUAUAUUUUUUGGUUUCUUCCAUCACUAUACAUUCAUGCUUACCAAUUUGGGCACUCAAUUGUUCCACAGUUGGAAGUGAGAUUUCUCUGGAUUUGUAAAUUUUGUUAUUGUAUUUUCUGUAUUGAACACUUUUAAAUACUAAAAAGUGAAUGAAAUGCCACCCAAAAAGGCACCUGCUCCUAGUAAAAAAGCGGAACAGAAAAAAAAAGAAAAAGUUAUUGAGGAUAAAACUUUCGGUAUAAAAAAUAAAAAGGGUGCCAAACAACAAAAAUUCAUUCAGCAAGUAGAGAAGCAGGUAAAAUCAGGUGGUGUAAAUCCACGAAAAUUAGAAGAUCCUAAUGUUAAAAAACUUGAAAAAGAAAAAAAAUUGAAGGAGCAAAAAGAGUUAGCUCUUAUAUUUAAACCUGUUCAAUUACAAAAAAUAGAUAAAGGGACUGAUCCCAAAUCAGUAGUAUGUGCAUUUUUCAAACAAGGACAAUGUACAAAAGGAGACAAAUGCAAGUUCUCACACGAUUUAAGUGUAGAGAGAAAAGCAGAAAAGCGUUCGUUAUAUUGUGAUAUGAGAGAUGAUGAUAAAGAAACCGAUACUAUGGAUAAAUGGGAUGAGGAUAAAUUAAAAGAAGUUGUAGAAAAAAAACAUGGCAGUGGUAAUCGUCCAACUACUGAUAUUAUUUGUAAACAUUUUUUGGAAGCAGUAGAAAAGGCGAAAUAUGGGUGGUUUUGGGAAUGUCCCUCAGGGCAAAAGUGUAUUUAUAGGCAUGCGUUACCUCCUGGGUUUGUACUCAAAAAGGAUAAAAAGAAAGAAGACAAAAAGGAUGAAAUUUCUUUGGAGGAUUUAAUUGAAAAAGAACGUGCUAAUUUAGGACCAAGUCAAACUAAAAUAACACUAGAAACAUUUUUGGCAUGGAAAAAAAGAAAAUUAAAGGAAAAGAAAGAGCAAGCAAUUAAAGAAGAAGAAAGAAGACGAAAUGAUUAUAAAGCGGGUCGUCAAGUUGGUAUAUCUGGCAGAGAAAUGUUUUAUUUCAAUCCUGAUCUUGCAGUUGGAGAUGGCAUUGAUGAUGGGGAUGAAGCAAUAUCUAGUUAUGUCCGCGAUGAAGAGGAGGAUGAGGAAAAGAUUGAGUAUAGAGAGCUUGAUAUGGAUAGGCUUGCAUUUGAAGCCAGUGAAAUUGAUACUAAUGGAAUAACUGUGGCUAGUACAGAUCGAUUAAAAAAUAAUGCCAGUGAAGAUAAGGAAAACUCCUCUGUCACUGUAGGUGAAGGUGCAGUUGCAUUAGCAAUUAAUGAAAAUCUAUUCAUGGAAGAAGAUUUGGAAGGUUUAGAAGAGGAAUUAGAAGACUUGGAUUUAGAAGAGUGAUCUAAAUAUUUUAUUUAACUACUGUCCCUUACUGUGUGUCUUCAUUUAUCUAUACUCUGACAAUAUGUAUAUGUAUAUAUGAUUUAUAUAUAUAUAUAUUGUCAACAUUAUUCAUAUUUUCACUACUAGUUUCAAGUGUGCUGCCUUGUACAUUGUUAUUUACAUUCUACUUGCGAAUAUAUUUACUUAUAAUGUAUAUAUAAAGAGCUGGUCUCGUGCAAAUCACUUUCAUUUAAAAGUUUAAUGUAUU